AUGGCGACCGAUCCGUCCAAGUACAAGCUUAACCACUCCAUGAUCCGGAUCAAGGAUCCCAAGCGAUCAGUCCAGUUCUAUGAGUUUCUGGGCAUGAAGCAGAUCAACCAGAUCAAGAACCCUGACGCCAAGUUCGACCUUUACUUCCUCGCAUACGACAGCACUAAGGCCGUCUCACACGGCAAUCACUGGACCGAUCGCGAGGGCAUUGUGGAAUUGACGCACAACUACAGCACCGAAGACGACCCAAAUUACAAGAUCAGCAAUGGCAACACAGAGCCUCACAAGGGCUUCGGCCACCUCUGCAUCUCGGUGGACAAUCUACAGGCAGCAUGCCAGAGGCUGGAAGAUGCCGGAUACAAGUUUCAAAAGAAGCUCACAGACGGUCGCAUGCGCCACAUUGCGUUCGUGCUCGACCCUGAUGGCUACUGGGUUGAGGUGAUUGGCCAGAAGCCAUUGGAGGAGACGGAGAACGUCAAGGACACGGAUACUGGCUCAUACCGCAUGAACCACACAAUGAUCCGUGUCAAGGAUAAGGAUGCGUCGCUCAGCUUCUAUCAAGACGUUAUGGGAAUGAAGCUCAAGCGCACUUCAGAGAGCCCAAACGCUGGCUUCAAUCUAUACUUCUUGGGAUACGGUGCCGAUGCGCCAGAGACGACUGCGAAUGGCGUCAACCCUGUGUCGGACAGCGAAGGCUUACUCGAACUUACAUGGAACUAUGGCACUGAGAAGGAUGCCGACUUCAAGUACCAUAACGGCAACGAUGAGCCGCAAGGAUUCGGUCACAUCUGCAUUGCUGUCGAUGACCUGGACGCCGCUUGUGCUCGUUUCGAAGAGAAGAAGGUCAACUGGAAGAAGAGGCUCACUGAUGGUCGCAUGAAGAACAUUGCGUUUGUCCUAGAUCCCGAUAACUACUGGAUCGAGGUGGUGCAGAACGAGAAGCUCAAGACACGUAGUAAUUGGUAA